AUCAAAGUUGAUCUAGAAAAUGACAGCUCAAUGAAUAUGGAUGUGGAAGAUGAUGAAGUUCACUCUGUGGAGGUAGAUGAUACAAACGAUAGUGAUGAUAACAAAUCAGGAGUAAAGAGACAACGAAAGGAAAGAUCUAUUGUGUGGCAAUACUUCACUAAACUUAAAAAGAAAGCAGUCGGUGGAAAAGUUCCAAGCAAGUGCAACAAAUGUAAUCAUAUUAUCAUAUAUGAUAGCAAGCAAGGUACGGGGAAUCAUUCGAAACACAUAAAAUCUUGCUAUGGUUCUAGUUUUAAAGAUGUUGGUCAAAUGAUUUUAAAUAGUGACAUGAAAUUAAAGUCAUCUACGUUUUCUCAAAGUACGUUCCGCGAGAUGCUUGUAGCUGCUAUCGUUAUGCAUGAGUUACCUUUGUCAUUUGUUGAUUAUAAGGGGUUUAGAGAUUUAUUUAAGUAUCUGCAACCUGAUGUCAAUAUCAUCUCUAGAAAUACUGUAAAAUUUGAUUUACUGAAAAUGUAUAAGAGAGAAAAGGAAAAGGUCAAAGAAAUGCUUAUGGAAUCACCUGGGAGGUUAUGCCUAACUUCAGAUUUGUGGACGUCUAUUGCUACUGAUGGGUAUUUAGCAAUUACAGUUCACUUUAUGGAUAAAGAAUGGGUUUUGCAAAAAAGAGUUUUAUCGUUUUCUUUCAUGCCACCACCUCAUACCGGUGUUGCUUUGUGUGAAAAAGUGUUUUCUAUUUUAGUAGAGUGGGGCAUAGAAAAUAAAAUAUUUUCUAUGACAUUAGAUAAUGCUUCUUCUAAUGACACUUUCAUUGGGCUUUUAAGGGAACAACUAAAUAAAAAAUUACCACUUGUUUCUAGGGGUAAUUUUUUUCACUUGAGAUGUUGUGCACAUAUUUUGAAUUUGAUUGUGCAAGAUGGGUUGAAGCAAAUUGAUGAGUGUAUUUACAAAGUGAGAGAGAGUAUCAAGUAUGUUAAAGGGUCGCAACAAAGGAAGGAAAAGUUUAUAGAGUGUGUUCAGUUGCUUUCUUUGAAAAGGAAAAAGGGGUUAAGGCAAGACGUUGUUACUAGGUGGAAUUCUACCUUUUUAAUGCUUGAUAGUGCCCUUUUUUAUCGACGCGCCUUUUGCCAUUUAGAAUUGAGUGAUUCUAAUUAUAAGCAUUGUCCGAAUGCAUUAGAGUGGGAAAAGAUUGGAAAGAUGUGUUCUUUUCUUGGAGUGUUUUAUGGUAUCACAAAUGUUUUUUCGGGUACAAAAUAUCCAACUGCAAACUUGUAUUACCCACAUGUUUUUAUGGCUUACUUGACUUUGAAAGAGGGUAUGGGUUCAGAAGACGAGUAUAUGAGAAACAUGGCUGACUUGAUGAUGACAAAGUUUCAGAAAUAUUGGUCUGAUUUUAGUCUUACUUUAGCCAUAGCUGUGGUGUUGGAUCCUAGAUACAAAUUGCACUUUAUCGAGUGGAGUUAUUCACAAGUUUAUGGGCGUGAUAGCAAGGAAUAUGAAUAUGUUGAUGAGGUUUUGCACUCUACUUUUCAUGAAUAUGUCGAGUUAAAUAUGGAUGGUAGUUCUUCUACAACUUCAAAUGUCGCAAGUACUUCAGAUGCUAGCAAAGGGGUUGACGAAACGGGAGAUGAUGAUUCAACAAGUGUCUUUGGAGUUAGAGCUAGACUUAAGGAUUUUGAUCAGUUUCAAAGUAAAGAUUUUCUAGCUAACAAAAAAUCAGAAUUGCAAUUGUAUUUGGAUGAGUCAAGAGUUGAUAGGAACUCGAACUUAGAUGUUUUGACAUUUUGGAAAGCCAAUGAGUUUAGAUAUCCCACACUUGCAAGGAUGGCAAGAGACUUUUUGACAAUUCCGGUUUCUACCGUCGCAUCGGAGUCCACAUUUAGUGCAAGUGGAAGAGUUCUUAAUGAGCAUCGAAGCUCACUUGGUAAAGAUACCGUUGAGGCUCUAAUAUGCACAAAGGAUUGGUUAUAUGGAGAUUAUUGUAAUGUCCCUUUUUCCUUGAGUUUUGUAAGGUUUUUAUAACAUAAUA